CCCGCGGCUGAGGGCUGAUCGCUCGCGCACUCUACUGCUGCUCCUUGCUUCGGCCUUCUCUUCCACAAAACCCUAUGCUGCAGCGGGAGGAGUAAACCCCCGCCGCCGCCAUGGCGCUCCGCCGCAUCAAUGCCCGGAGGAAACCCCUCCUCCUCGUCCCCCGCGGUUUCUCCUCCUCUUCCUCAAAACCGCCCUUCCCUCCGCCCCCGCCCCCGCCACCGGCCAACGAUCCUGACGCCGCCCACUCCCGCUCCUCCUUUCCGCCCGCCAACCCCGGCGCGCCCCCGAACCCCGCGUCGUCGCUCUUCCAUGACAUCCGCGAGCGGCUACGUUCGUCCCCGACGCCGCCCCCGCCGCGCCGGAUCCCGAUGAACCCGCCACGGCCCAACUCCACGCGCGGCGCACCCCCUUCCCCGUCCAUCGACGAGAUCCGCAAGAUGCUCGAGUCCUUCCGCGGGAGCCGCGCCGCCGGCGGUGCGCCCUCCCCGUCCGCUCCCGGCGCCACCCCGUCUUUCCAGGACCUGCUGAAGAACAGCGCUGCCCUGGCCCCCAACGCCGGGAACAAGGCGCCCGGCUUCGACGCCAUCCGCGAGAGCCUCAAGUUGGGCCAGCAGCCGCAGCAGAGGCCGACUCGUUCGCCGACGCCGUUCCUGUCCCCUUUCUCGCACAAUAUCUUUAGCAAGGAGCUAGUGGACAGGACCCGCAAGGCGGAAGGGGCGGGGAAGGAGGAGGAGAAGGAUCAUGCCAUAGCGCUCACGAGGAUCUACAGCUACGAAGAGCUUGGGAAGAGGCUAGGGGAACUGCGGCCGGCCGGGGCGGCGAAGGACGGGAAGGAAUGGUUCUCGCUCGAGGAGCUACAGGGGCGGAUCGCCAAGCUGGUGAAGUUGGAGGAGCAGGAUGUGAUGUUCGGUGGACAGUAUUCGGAAAUCCGGAAGAGCAUAAUGAGCAUGAGCACCAAGCAAUCAGAGAAAUCGGCUCGGUUGUCAUCAAUGCAGAUGGCACUGCUCAGUAACAUUGGUGGGCAAUCCACGUUGGACUACAUGCGUCUGCCUCCGCAGGAGGAGCUGCUAGAGAGGUAUUUCCAUCCGGACCAUAUGUCAUCAGAAGAGAAGAUGAAACUGGAGCUCCAGAGGGUGAGGGAUGAGUUCAAGAUGUCCGAGAACGAUUGUGGUUCUGCUCGAGUUCAAAUUGCCCAGCUGACUGUAAAAAUCAAGCAUUUGUCAUCUGUUUUACAUAAAAAGGAUAAACAUUCUAGAAAGGGACUUCAGGAUAUGGUCCAAAGGAGGAAGAAAUACCUCAAAUACUUGCGUGGAACUGACUGGGACUCAUACUGUCUUGUUCUGUCGAAGCUGGGGCUUCGCGAUGUGCCGGAGUACAAGGCUCCUGAUUACAAGAACAAGUCCAUCACCAAGGCCAAAUCUAAGAAGAGCAAAAGCAAGGGCAAGAAGAAGAGAAAGAUGAAGGCAUAGAACCGUAAAGAAAUACCUUUCUUGCCCAUGAAUUACGUAGCCAAAAAAUCAAUCGAAUCGACGCCCAGGAGCAAUAUGGCUUAACCCGGUCUUGCAGUGUUGUAUUUCUCAAUCCUUUUGUAAUAACCAUUUCUUUGGAUGUCAAGGUUUUCCUUGUUUUUGCUAGGAGCUGCAGCCUUUCUGUAACAACUGAUUGCUUAUCGCUUUUCAGUUCUCCCGCUCAAUUUCCUAA